CCCAGGGGCGUGGAUUCCGCCCGGGAACUCCCGGCCGCACUUAAGGAGCUCGGGCCAGCGUGAGGAGGCAGCGGGGAGGAAGCCCGGCGGCUGCUGACUCCCUCGGACCUGGACCCAGCCCCAGCCCGGCCCCAGCCAGCCCCGACGGCGCCAUGCGGGGCCCGAGCCGGGCCCUGUGGCUGCUCCUGGCUCUGCGCACCGUGCUCGGUGGCAUGGAGGUGCGGUGGUGCGUCACCUCAGACCCGGAGCAGCAGAAGUGCAGCAACAUGAGCAAGGCCUUCCGGGAAGCGGGCAUCCAGCCCUCCCUCCUCUGCGUCCAGGGCACCUCGCCUGACCACUGCAUCCAGCUCAUCGCGGCCCAGGAGGCUGACGCCAUCACUCUGGAUGGAGGAGCCAUCUAUGAGGCGGGAAAGGAGCAUGGCCUGAAGCCCGUGGUGGGCGAAGUGUAUGAUCAAGAGGUUGGCACCUCCUAUUACGCCGUGGCUGUGGUCAAGAGGAGCUCCCAAGUGACCAUCAACACCCUGAAAGGCGUGAAGUCCUGCCACACGGGCAUCAAUCGCACAGUGGGCUGGAACGUGCCCGUGGGCUACCUGGUGGAGAGCGGCCGCCUCUCGGUGAUGGGCUGCGAUGUACUCAAAGCUGUCAGCGACUAUUUUGGGGGCAGCUGCGUCCCGGGGGCAGGAGAGACCCGUUACUCUGAGUCCCUCUGUCGCCUCUGCAGGGGUGACAGCUCUGGGGAAGGGGUGUGUGACAAGAGCCCCCUGGAGAGAUACUACGACUACAGCGGGGCCUUCCGGUGCCUGGCGGAAGGGGCAGGGGACGUGGCCUUUGUGAAGCACAGCACGGUACUGGAGAACACGGAUGGGAAGACGCUUCCCUCCUGGGGCCAGGCCCUGCUGUCACAGGACUUUGAGCUGCUGUGCCGGGAUGGCAGCCGGGCUGACGUCACCGAGUGGAGGCAGUGCCAUCUGGCCCGGGUGCCUGCUCACGCCGUGGUGGUCCGGGCCGACACAGAUGGGGGCCUCAUCUUCCGGCUGCUCAACGAAGGCCAGCGUCUGUUCAGCCACGAGGGCAGCAGCUUCCAGAUGUUCAGCUCUGAGGCCUAUGGCCAGAAGGAUCUGCUCUUCAAAGACUCCACCUUGGAACUUGUGCCCAUCGCCACGCAGACCUACGAGGCGUGGCUGGGCCAGGAGUACCUGCACGCCAUGAAGGGUCUGCUCUGUGACCCCAACCGGCUGCCCCCCUACCUGCGCUGGUGUGUGCUCUCCACUCCUGAGAUCCAGAAGUGCGGAGACAUGGCCGUGGCCUUCGGCCGGCAGCGGCUCAAGCCAGAGAUCCAGUGCGUGUCAGCCAAGUCCCCCCAGCACUGCAUGGAGCAGAUCCAGGCUGGGCAAAUUGACACUGUGACCCUGAGCGGCGAGGACAUUUACACGGCGGGGAAGACGUACGGCCUGGCUCCGGCAGCUGGCGAGCGCUAUGCCUCGGAAGACAGCAGCAACUCGUACUUCGUGGUGGCGGUGGUGAGGCGGGACAGCUCCCACGCCUUCACCUUGGAUGAGCUUCGGGGCAAGCGCUCCUGCCACGCUGGCUUCGGCAGCCCUGCAGGCUGGGAUAUCCCCGUGGGCGCCCUCAUUCGGAGAGGCUUCAUCCGGCCCAAGGACUGCGACGUCCUCACAGCGGUGAGCGAGUUCUUCAAUGCCAGCUGUGUGCCCGUGAACAACCCCAAGAACUACCCUUCCUCGCUGUGUGCGCUGUGUGUUGGGGACGAGCAGGGCCGCAACAAGUGUGUGGGCAACAGCCAGGAGCGGUACUACGGCAACAGCGGCGCCUUCAGAUGCCUGGUGGAGAAUGCGGGCGACGUUGCCUUCGUCAAGCACACGACCGUCUUUGACAACACAAAUGGCCACAAUUCCGAGCCCUGGGCUGCUGAGCUCAGGUCAGAGGACUAUGAACUGCUGUGCCCCAACGGGGCCCGGGCCGAGGUGUCCCAGUUUGCAGCCUGCAACCUGGCACAGAUGCCACCCCAUGCCGUCAUGGUCAGACCAGACACCAACAUCUUCACCGUGUAUGGACUGCUGGACAAGGCCCAGGACCUGUUUGGAGACGACCACAAUAAGAAUGGGUUCAAAAUGUUCGACUCCUCCAACUAUCAUGGCCAAGACCUGCUUUUCAAGGAUGCCACCGUCCGGGCGGUGCCUGUCGGGGAGAAAACCACCUACCGCGACUGGCUGGGGCUGGACUACGUGGCGGCGCUGGAAGGGAUGCUGUCUCAGCAGUGCUCGGGCGCAGCGGCCCCGGCGCCCGGGGCGCCCCUGCUCCCGCUGCUGCUGCCCGCCCUCGCCGCCCGCCUGCUCCCGCCCGCCCUCUGAGGCCCGGCCGCCCCG